CCACGGACUACAUUUAUAACUUUUUUGUUUGUGGAAUAAAAAACUUAUUAUUAUAUUUCAAAAAAAAAAUUGCCAUGGAAUUUAUCAUAAAAGCUUCAUUACUGCUCAUCUCAAUUUAUUAUGUUGCGGCUAGAGCCGUACCGGAUGAUGGUUGUUGGUAUUCAUGUCCGCAAGUUUACGAUCCCAUAUGUGGUGCUGAAAAUGAUAAAAAUUCAACUCAAGUAUUUGGAAAUGAGUGUAUUAUGGAAGUACAUAACACAUGCUUUGAAACAGCUUACAUUAGAACUGACUUGAAUAAUUGCGAGGAAAUUGAUGACGCUGAAACUUUACCAAAUCCUGAAGACUUUUAUUUUAAUCAUUAAUAUUUUGUGACAGCAUCGCGUCCAUUUUUAUGAAAUAUCUCCAUAAAUUAAUGAUGAUGUCAGAACAUGCCACAAAUAUAAUCAUAUUACAUGCAGUGAAACUGAAAUAAAUUCCAAUUUUUUUGUUGUUG